AUGGGCCUGCGGUGGGAUCCUCGAGAGGACCCGGCUGUGCUCUGGACAUGGCUCGUAGCCGUGAUUACGGCGCUCGAGUUCUUGAUGGAGACGACUCUGCUCAAUCGCCAACUCAAACUGUCGAGGGCCAAGGGCGUGCCCACGGUUCUACGUGACAUUGCGCCCGAGGCUUUUAUUACGAGCGCGGAACGCUUCCGCAUCACGCAUGCGACGCGGUUUAUAUACGCUGCGUUCCGCACAGCCUUUGUUUUCUUUUUUGUGCUCGAUGGCGGCCUCAGUGCGCUGUGGAACCGGGCCGGAGCCUUUUUCGUGGCCUAUUUCAAUCUGAUGCUUCUGUAUCAAAAGGGCAUGGUGGAGAAGCCCAAGCCGUUUGUCAAUUAUAUCUUUGAUAUCAAGACCAUGCUUGCCAUCGGUUGGCUCACACUCCUUGCCUACUCGAGCGAAUCUCUUCAGAACGAUCUGUCUAUUGAAGACAGUACAGGAGCGGGUGACUUUGCUCGCACGCUCGAGGCAAACGAAGAAGAAGACCAACCGGUCACUGACUGGAUCGAUUACGAUUCGGGCGACGCAGCGGCGAUCAGUGGAGCGCAAAAGCGCCACUUUGUUCAAGCAUUGGUCAAAUUAUAUCUUGUUUGCAAUGUCCCGCUGUUCAGCGAUCCAUUGUACAACGCUUACUACCAGAAACGCCCUGCCUUGGCCGACCGCCUCGCCGUGCUCGGACCCGUUGACAUGGAGCUGGGCUUAGACGACAAGGUCGAUACGCCCUACCUUGAUGAGUCGGACAGCGAUAUCGCCGUUCCGUCAAUUAUGCUUUUGCCCUAA